AUGGGGACACCCCCUGCCGGCCUCAGCUUCCCUGUCUCGCCCCUCAAGGCCGCAGACCCACUGUUCCUCCCGGGCUCAGGGCCCCUUCUCAGCCAGUCCCCUGCCUCCGGUCCGCCCGGCCAAUGCGGCCACAUCCAAGAUGGCGGCCCAGAGGCCUUCUGCCCACUCAGGCCCGCGGCCCAGCCUCCCCCUCCCACCAGCGGGCCAGAUCCGCCCCAGCACCAGGCCCCAGCACCAGGCCCCGGGCCCCUGCAGCCCCCGCCGCCCGCCCCGGCCCCCGCGCCCUCCCGGCCCGGGUGCCCCAUGAACAGCAAACCGGACCUCAGCUUCCUUCCUCUGCACACGCGGCGGCCCAAAGAGGGCCUUCAGCACAAGCUGUGGCUACCGUCUACCUUGGGACCUGCCGCUCCAAGGCCCCCGAUCCCAGGACUGGUGGCCCUGAGCCCUGCAGAGGGCCUCUUCUGGCCCCUGGCCCCCAGAACCAGGUGCAAGGGAUUGGCAGAAGACACCCAGCGUGGAGCCCGCGGCCAUGGCGGAGAAGGCGGCGGUGCCCAGACCCCGGGGCCACCAGGCCGGCACAGGGCGGGCCUCACCAGGCACAGUCCUGCCUCCAGCACCAAGGACACUCACACACCACACCGCACAGGCAAGGGCUUCAGUAAGGACGGACACCUCAAGAGGCCCUUGACGAGGUCGGCCCAGAAAGGGGCCCACGCUCAGCCAGGCCGGUCCCCAGGGGGCGCAGGGGCCGGGACCCUCGGCUGCACCAUCGGCUACCUGACUGGGUCCUGCCACCUGCUGACCCCAGAGCCGGCCCAGGGGCCCCAGCUGCAACCAACUCCCCCCCCAGCUGUAUCUCCAGCUCGGGGGCUAAGGUUCCCGGCACCGCCACCCACCAUUCAGCUGGACGUGGCCUUGCCCCAGGCCCCUGAUGUGGGGACACGGCAGAAAGCCCACUGCGGGAGACAGAGGGUGAACCAGCACGCAAAGGAGGGAAUUAGGGGUCGAGGGGCAGGGAGGCCCGGUGUGGUUCUGGGGACCCGGAAGGGCUUCACGGAGAACUGGGAACAGGAGGGGCCGGUGGGGCCGAAGGCAGCCCGGCGCUCAGGGCAGGGGAGCAGCCGGCCAGAGGGGAGCCUGUGGGGGGAGAGCAGGCUCUGCCAGGCGGCAGUGGAGCCAGGGUUCAAGCUCAGGUCCGAGGACAUCCAAACCAUCAGCCCACACGGCCCCCUGAGGCCCCUGAAGGCAUCCGCUGGUGAGGACGGGCGGGUCUCCUUCCUGUCCCCACAUCAGGAGACCGAGGCCAGAUCCGGGGAGUCAGGCAGUCAGGCGCCCCCCGCCACACGCCCUGCCGAGGCUGCCACCUGCUCCUCACACCGGCCCACGCGAGUCGGGGUCCCCGUGCGAGCCCGGCCGGGUCCUGCUCUGCACCGCCCGCCCACCAAGGCCCAAGGCCGCCGCCCCAGCUGCCCCUCCAGGGCGCACGGCGUCCACAGCCCCGCAGGGCCCGCCGGGGCACUGCUCGGCCUCAAGCGAGGGAUCCACCUCUCUGGGGCUCAGUUCCCCGCACGCCCACGUCGUCGCAGCUGUCGCGGGGACAGUGUCUCCGGGGCCCUUCACACCCUGAGGCUGGAUUUCCAGGCGCUACUCCCCCGAAGCUGGAAGACCAGGCCAACAGAGACCCUCUCCAGCCCCACCCGGCUCCUCAUGGGCGGGGAGGGGGGCACACCCCCUGGGGAGGGACGGUCGUCCCCGCCCUCCCACGGCCACACUGGCCCCAGGCCGGCCUCUCCCGUCCAGAGGGGCCCGGGGCUGGGGGGGGCGGGGGGGGGCAGCCGCGGCCGGUGCUGGGGAGGGGGCCGCUUCCGCUGCCCCCGGGAGCCCGCCGCGGCCGGCCGCUGUGCUGCCGACACCCCGAGGUACCACUGCCCCCAAAGCAAAGAACAGGUGGGCAGAGGGCCUUCUGGCCAGCUGCUGGUGGGCUACUGGGCUGUGGCCCUGAGUCUCCACCUCUUCGUCUUUAAAGGGGGUUCUCGGGAGGACCCUCCGAGCGCCGACGCGCACUCAGUACCCGGCCCGGCUCGGGAUGCCCGGCUCCUGGCGGAGUCCUCGCCGCAGCUUCACACGGCCCUGUGGCCGCGGGCACCACCUGGGGCCUUCCUGGAGAUGGUGGCAGAAAGUCACAGAACCCAGACGGCAGCAAACAGCCACGCAGACACGGGAGCCCCCGCAGGGAUAAGACCUGGCGAGAGCCGGGGAGAGGAGGAGCUUACGAAAGGCAGUGGGGGGCCCAAGCCAGGCACGAUCGCGGUCCCAGCGGGCUCUGCCUUCCUGAGCACCCAGCGCCCACUGGGGCCUGCCCACCUCAGCCCGGAUGGAGGUCCCAGGCCGUGGCCCUGCUGGGGGCAGCCCCUGCUCACACUGCCCCCCAGGGCCUGGAUGGUGAGACCCCAGCCAGCGGCCUCAGAUCCCAGGUCUGGCCCCACACGAGGCAGGCCCGGCGGCCAAAGCGCCGCCUGCCCGACGCCCGAGCAGGUUCCUCCGUCGCUAAUGAAGCUUCCACACACCCGAGCCGUGAGCCACGGUGGCAGCGACACCUGCAGGGGCGUGGGCACCCACACCGGGGAAAGGAAGCGGGCUCAGAGGGGCCACAUUCGCACCCGAGGCUGGUGCAGGGCCACCGGGCACCAUCCCGCGACCAGCAGGGGUGGCAGUGGGAAAGAACAGCUGCUUCCUGCCCGCUCUGCCCCCACCCCUGACAACAGGCGAGUGUGCAGCGAGUACGGCGCUGGCCCAGCACCCCGCGGCUCCCGGGGAUCCCGGGCCGCCCCCAGGCAAGGCGCGGUGAAAGCAGGGCCUCAGGGAAAGGCCUCCUCCAAAGUGGCCGAGAGGAAACCUGCCUGCCGUGUGCAGCCUGCAGCGGCACUUAGCCCUGGGAAUGACGUCACUGCACCACUGCCCUGCCUGGCUCCCCGCCCCCUUGCCGGCCUUGGGACCCCGGGCAGCUCCAGAACCUUCUGCCGCCCUUUGACUGUGGCCGCUGACAGUCUGACGGGCCUCUCGGCCGGCUUGCGGCUCAUUGAGGCGGGAUCCUCACCGGGCAAGGACACCCCGGCCGGGCUGGACAGUCUGCCACUUCAGCCCCGACGGGGAAAAGAGCUCACUCGUGGCCCAGGCCGGGGGUGGGGCACCAGGGUGGCCUCUCAGAAGCGACACGCGGCCUCCUGUGGGGACCGCCGUGAAGGAGAGGACCCUCGGGUGGCGGGGGCCUGGGGGCCACUGCUCUCGGAGGCGGCACCUCCCCCUCACCCCGACCUUAUCCAAACCAGCACCUUCGGAACACUUUCCCCCGACCGGCAAGGACCGUGGAUGUGUGCGGAGCCGUCCCCGAGUCUGGCCAACGUCACCCGGCCCAACAGAGACCAGAACGACCCCACCAACGCGUGCCAGCACGCGCCCAGGCCCCGCCACAGCCUCUGCGUGGCCUCCACCGAAGACUCGCAGGCCCCCCCCGCACGCCCGCUCUGA